CCCGUGUUCUCAAUAUUCCGUGAAGGAAAGCACUCUACGUGUCUUGUUUGUCGUCUUCGCCAUAUCAGCGCCGUCUCUCUCUCUUUCUUUCACUACAAAACUCCCCUUUCUGUUGGCGCGGAGAGAGCAGAGGGAAGAAAUGGCAGUUGGGGUGCUAGCUUUACAGGGAUCUUUUAACGAACACAUAGCAGUGCUGAAGAGGCUUGGAGUGAAGGGAAUAGAAAUAAGGAAGGCAGAGCAGCUGCAGAGUGUCUCCUCUCUCAUCAUCCCUGGCGGUGAAAGCACCACCAUGGCUAAGCUCGCCGAGUUUCACAACCUGUUUCCUGCAUUGCGCGAGUUUGUGAAAAUGGGAAAGCCAGUAUGGGGGACUUGUGCAGGCCUUAUUUUCUUGGCAGAUAAAGCAGUUGGGCAGAAAACUGGAGGGCAGGAACUCAUUGGUGGCCUCAAUUGUACUGUUCAUCGAAACUUUUUCGGAAGCCAGAUUCAAAGCUUUGAGACCGAGCUUGCUAUUCCUGAAGUUGCAGCCAAAGAAGGUGGUCCUCCAACAUUCCGUGCUGUUUUUAUUCGUGCGCCUGCAAUCCUUGAAGUAGGCCCAGAUGUUCAGAUUCUGGCAGAUGUUCCAGCCUCAUCUGUGAUAACUGAAUCCGCUGAGUCUGGGCAGAAAGUGAUCGUUGCUGUAAAACAAGGGAAUAUGUUAGCUACUGCUUUUCACCCUGAACUGACUGCUGAUACACGGUGGCAUAGUUACUUUUUGAAAAUGGUGCCUGAAUUUGGAGGAACAUCAAGUAUGAUCACAACAACUGGUGAAGGUUCCAGCUUUUAUGAACGACCAAGAAUUGAUCUUCCAGUUUUUCAAUAGAAGCAAAAGAAGAAGAAAAGGAAAAUUAAUACAAUCACAUCAUAUGAUUAUAAAAUAGGUUGUAAAAGUGCUCUUUUCUUUGUCUAUUUAUGAUUCAACUCACUUGUUUGCUUUGAUUUUGCAAUCUUGUUGUAGUUUUUCUACAUUUAUUUAGUUUUGCAGAUGUUCAGAUUGUAUCUUUUGCAAACUCCUUUAUUAGAAAUUUUAAAUUAAAUUGAAUACCUAAUUGUGUUGUUU